AGCACAGGGCAGACAAUAUCCUUAAAAUAAAAUUCUAUUUUAUAAUAAUACAUUAAAUACAGUGCUUCGCCAGACUCCACCAAUCAACACGCCGGCAGAUCUCGUCCGUCCGCUACUGCCGAUCUAUAAAUAUCAACGGCCGGGGAAGUCAUAUCGCCGAAGGGUUCCAUCAGCGUUCGGCGUCCCAACGGCUGACGGGCUUCUUCUCUGAUUUUCUUCUUCCCCAAGAGGAGGGAGAAGACCCGGAGGGAGCUUCUUACUUGGCUUCUGGGGUCUUUGUGAUUUUGGCUGUCAUCCCAAAAUCGAUGAGAUUCAGAGGCAUCGAGGUCCGAGGAUGAGGAGGUGGGUUGACGGAAUUAGGGCUUGAUUGAGGAGAGACGAAGACGGUCAGUUUGUUUGUCAGUCAGUCAGUGGAGCUCGGAGAAGCUAUGGAAGCUUAUAAGAGAUGGGUAAGAAGGAACAAGGACUAUGUCCACUCUCUGGAGUCUCUCGCCAACGGUUUAACAUGGUGUCUCCCUGAGCGAUUUUCUGCCUCAGAACUUGGAGCAGAAGCAGUGACCGCUAUUUUGGGUGUGAUCACUGCCAUAAACGAGCAUAUAAUCGAAACAACUCCAGCUCCUACACAUGAAGACCCCCCUGAACCUUCUUCAUUCCCGUAUGGACUCUGCAUAUCAACAGUGAAAGACUUGGAAACUCUAAUUGAAGUUGCAGCUGAACAUUUCUAUGGUGAAGCCAAGAAGUGGAAUUUUGUUGCUGCGACUGAGGGCAUUAAAGUCUUAAUUAGGCUAGCCUUGUUCCGGAAUAGUGGAUAUAGGAUGGUUUUGCAUGGAGGGGAGACACCCAACACUGAUAAGGAGUUGGAUCCUUCCAGUUCUCCCUAUGGAGAUGGGAACUUUACGAAAUACGCAACACAAAUGCCAGCUCACUUCAGUAACAAUUUCGCACAAAACAGGGCACUGUCCGCAUUAAGUAGGUUCGGUGAAAAUGCGAGGAUGGUCUCAGAACCCAUGUGGCUCCAGAGGAUGCAGCAUCAGCAGUCAAUUGUGCAACCUCCUUCUCCGGUGGUUGAGAAACCAACAAUUUCAUCCAUUUUGUCCGAGAGAGGUUUUCGUGGAGCGUUGUUUCUCAUAGGAGAGAUGCUCUUUAUAACGAGGCCAUUAAUAUACGUCUUACUUAUCAGAAAGUAUGGGACGCGAUCAUGGGCCCCUUGGUUUCUUUCACUUGCGGUGGACCUUCUCGGGGUCGGAAUCUUUCCGCCAUUUUCGUUUUCCGCCAGUGUUCAAGGAAACAAACGGUAUCUUCCUUCUACUUCCGAAAAGGAAGAGAUGAAGAGAAGAAAGCUGCUGUGGGCUCUGUACCUCAUGAGAGAUCCAUUUUUCAGCAAGUAUACAAGGAAAAGACUAGAAAGCACCGAGAAACUACUGGAACCUGUUCCGAUUGUAGGAAUGCUUACGGAGAAAAUAAUCGAGCUCAUCCUUGGAGCUCAGAUGAGGUACACGUACAUGUCAGGUUCAUAAGUGGUUUUAGCCUCUUGAGUUUUCAGGAAUCGCUCUGCCUAGUGUAAGAAAGAUGUUCCCUUUUGUCGGGAUCUUCAAACAAUUCUUUUGUUUCAAAAGAGAAGUUUUAGAUGGCGUCUUCCUUCAGGCAAGUGUUUGUUACUAUAUUGUUAAUUUAUAGGGCUGCUCAAUAAAAUGCUUUGAUUGGAAUUAUUAGUUCAUGAAAGCUUUGUAUCCUGUGAUCAUGACUCUUAAAGAUAUUGCAUAAUCAUGAUGGUCACUGUUCGGACUGUCAUAUAAAUAAGUUUUGCCUU